AUGAACCAAUCAAUCAUUCAACACUACCCCACAACCCACAUAACACACAACACAAUCACUCAAUCAAUCAUACACAUUAAUACAUAUCCCACACACAGAACAACAACUACCUCACUUCCGACGGCUCCAAUCACAUCUGACAACUCAGAGCAACAA